CUUUCUCUGUUUUGAGCCUGAGAAGCUCCGCAGGAGUUGUCCAUCCUCCUGGCAGCACUUCUUCUGCCUGCAUCCUUUUGGCUCAUUGAGAGGGCUGUCUAGGGAAAACGGCCGCGUUGUGACGGUCAGCUGUUAACGCACGCACUUCUAGGAGCUGCCGGAAAGGAUACUCUAUAUACGAACCUUCCUUGGAUCACGUACAGUCAGUACAAGUGGCUCGCGCGCCAGGCUUGGAGGUCGGACGACGCGAGCGGGUGGGCGGGGCGGAGCCCUCGUUUCCUCGCGUGUGAGCCUGCCCCCGCCGGCGCGUGAGGGCCAUGGGGGCCGGCAGCACCCCAAGCGCCGGCCCACAUCAGGGCUGCGUCACCCGCUGCCCGGCUGAGCGCUACAUCCGGACGCGACACGGGGACGGGAACAGCGGCCACGGGCCCGUGCAGGACAGCAGCCCGCUGGGGCGGUCACGGGGGCAGGCACACACGCCAGCUAGCGGCCACAGCAGCAGUACGGAGGCUGCCGCCGACCUUGUGACAAGUACAUCUGGUAGUUACAGCUGCUCCGAUUUCGGCGGUGCUGGUAGCAGUUGCAGCAGCAGCAGCAGCAGCAGCAGUAGCAGCAGUAGCAGUACUCGGUGUCGCAGCAGCCCUGCUUGCGGUAAGACGGGAGGCCGCAAUGGGGAAGGGAGCCGCGCACACCUCUGCCCCGGCCCCUGCGACAGCAGCCCAACAGCCGCGGCCGGGCCGGCCCUGUGCCCAGGCCAAGUCGAGCUUUACCGGAGGAGUAGAUGUGGGGGGAGAGUGCAGUACUCGGGGCCGGCGCUGCUGCUCCUCGCGGCGCUGCAGCUCCUGUUGGGGGCCGUGAGCGAGGCGGUGUGGGCGGCUCUGGCGCUGACAGCUGCGCAAGCCGCGGAGCUCGGCUCAGCGGCUCACGGGGUGCUGCAGCUUGGCCUGAGGACUUGCAGUGGCAGUGCGGAUGCUGCGGAUGAGACAGGGAGGAGGUCCGGCAUGUCGAGGGCCCGUUGUACCGAGGCUGCUGGCGGCGCCAGCGCCGGCGCCCGUGUCUUCCAGGGUACCUACAGGCACAGUGACGGUGGGUGCCAGUCCAUACCUCGGCGCAGUAGCUGGCUGGCUGCAGCCAGCGUCACCCAGCAAGACGGGGCAGCAGCGGCAACAGCUGCAGCUGCGGUAGCAGAGGCUGUCGGGGCUAGGGCGCCCCAGCGGCAGCGGCGGCGGUAUCGAGCACAGCUGUUGUCUGGGGCGCCGCCAUUGCGGGGGCUGCUCCCGGCAGCGCUGGUGGUGCUGGUGCUGUUGCUGGGGACUUGGCCACGCGCCUCUGAAGCGCAGGUCGUCAACAUCCCCUCCCUCGUGAUGUCGCCGGAUUCAAAGAGCACCACCGCGGCAGGCCUCACCACGGAUGGUUAUUAUGUCGUGGCGGCGGGUGCGGCGCCGCAGGCCGUGUUCAGUGUCACCAGCAGCGGAGCCUCAAGUCAGUUCAAUCUGGUCAUCUGGUACCGUUACCCGGACACGGACGGAAACGGACCCCUGAAAAAGAGUGGUGGCAACCUCAUCAUCUCCGCUGCCGGGGACACCUCUGGGCCCAUCGUAACCGGCGGCAACCAGCAAGCCGUCCCGCUGACCGUCACCAACGAAACAAACGUGUUAGACACCGUCACAAACGGCAUGCUCGCUGGCUGCUACGUUGUGCGUAUCUCGCUUGUGCCGCCUGGCACAAUCAGCUAUGUGGGCAGCCCCGCGUACGCCGGCAUCCGCGCCGGCAACCCGCCCUGGAAUAAGUGCAGCGACGUGGUCAACAUCCCGCCCAACUGUAACUCCGCUCUAUUCACCUACACGCCCAGUGGCACGUCCGUACCCGGCGGCACCGCGGUGAUCACGCAGCCCACCACAGGCCCCUCCUGCGCCUUCCUGGGGUUCAAUGUCCCCAACGGCGCCUGUACGGACGCAGAGGGCACCGCGUUGACGUACCGGUGGGAGGCGUACGGCAACGGCAGUACAACGCCCUGGAUCAUAAAGUACGGACAGAACAUCACCUUCAGUACGGGCCUGCCUGGACUGGAGCUGCCGGCGGGCACCUGGACCGUAAACCUGGUCGUGGUGGACACGCCCCUUAACACGAGCCUCACGCGCAACAAAACCAUCUCGUUCACUAAUAUCGUAAUCAACGCCUGCAAAAUCAAUUACCCGCCCACUGCGCCCGUACUGACCGGUUCUACCUGCGGCGUCGACCCGGUCACCGUCACUGCCAAUUCCACUGAUGCGAACUGGGACCCCAUGACUUUUGCCUUUACCCUCCGGAACGGUCUGGGUGUCGUGAUGGCGUCAAGUGGCGGUUACACGUCGAAUACAACCGUGUCGUACACAUCAACCAACACGGCGGGCGGCACGCUGGCACCCGGAACUUACUCUCUCACGGUGGCGGUGAAGGAUGGGAACGCUGUCCCGGCGGUGGGGCCUAACACCACGGUGUCGAUUGGCGUAGGCUGCCCCCCGCCGCUGCCGCCGCCUCCCAGCCCGAUGCCCCCUGCUCCGCCCAGUCCUCCUCCGUCGCCGCCAUCCGCCUCCUCGCCACCACCUCUGCCGCCAUCGCCUCCACCCGCACCUCCUCUUUCACCGCCCAUGCCAUCCCCGCCGUUGCUGCCGCCGCCGCCCUCGCCGCCGCCGCCCCCUGCGCGAUCGCCUCCGAACCCGCCGCGGCCGCCGCGGCCCCCCGCGCCGCCCUUCCCGCCCAUCAUUAUUCCGAACAUUGGCGUACCACCUGAGUACAUUGCGACUGGCGGGGGCAGCAGCACCACCACCACCACCACAACGACUUCUAACUCCACCACCAGCACGAGCGGCAGCGGCAGUGGCAGUGGCAGCCCAAGUGCCAACGGCCCCACCACCUCCAACGGCCCCACCACCUCCAACGGCGCCCCCGACGGCAGCACUGGCACCGCCGCUCUUGCAGCCCCGCCGCCGGCCGCUGCUACAGCCGCCGGCGGCGGGCCGGCGCAGAGCUUUCUGACCGUGACUCAGCAAGUGGACGUGCCGGAGGCAUUGGCCUCGAGUGCCGAGGCCCUGGCGGCGUUGUUUCCAACCGCAACCGAGAUCUCGAUCAGCGGCAGCAAAGUGGAGAUCCCGGUUGAGAUCACAACCGCCGUGUCGGCUGUAGCCGUCAUUUCGGCGCCCAUCAGCACAGCCAGCGGCGGCAGUGGCAGUAGCGGAAGCGGCAGUAGCGGCGGCACACAAGUCACUGUAGACUGCAGCAGCACCUUCCUCAACGCAUUCAAAGCCGAGCUGGUCUUCCGCUCCGACGUGUCAGCAUCCGUACUCGCCAACAUCACCUGCAACAGCGGCGGCGGCAACGGCGGCAGUAGCAGCAAGAGCGGCGGCACCUCUGCUCCCGCGGCCGCCCACCAUCACCACCAUCGGAUGCUGCAGCAGCGGCACCGUCAGCUGAUGCAGACGCCCGACAGCGGCAGUGGUGGCGGCGUCAGCAGCUGCGUCAGCAACAGCAGCAUGACGUUGGUGCUGGUGCUGCGUGUGCCAGCGGACGACAGCCUGGGCGCGGACGUGUACCGCCAGAGGCUGCAGAGCGCGCUGGAGCAGUGGCAAGCCGAGUCGGACGCAGGCGCCGCGGACGGCGUUGCCAACUGGCUGCGGCUGUGUGCGCCCACAGCGGAGCGCAUCCGGACCUCCUCCGAGGUGCGUGUGGUUCAGCAGGUGCCCCUCAACGCAGCCGGCACCGCCGCCGUGUCCGCCGUGUGCGGCAGAGCCGGCAACCCCACCUCCACCACCGCUUUCGGCGGCGCCGGCAGCACCUCUGUCACCUGCCAGCUGGACGUGCCCGCGGCUGGACAGCCCUCAGACACCGGCCCGCCGGGCGCCUUUGCCAGCAACACCGACCGCAGCGCGGCUGCCCCCGCCCCCGCCGGCUCGUCUAUCAGCUGGCUUCCCAUCAUCGUCACGGCGGCGGGGGUGGGCGUGGUGGGCGGCGGCCUGUGCUGCAUCAUCAUUGGCGUGGUGGCGGUGCGGCGGCGGCGGCGCAAACGGGAGGAGGAGGAGGAGCGGCGGCAGCGGCCGGAGGAGGAGGAGCAGCAGGCCGCAAAGCGCCAGGCUCUGGAUGCGGAGGACACGGCACCGGACAGCGGCGGCGACGGCAGCGGCUGGGGCGCCGCCGCCGCGCCGCCGCCGGCACCUCCCGGGAACGCGUUCGCUGCUGCCGACGUCGCCGCCGCAGCUGCGGCUUCGGCCUUUGCGGCGGGCGCCUCACGGCGCGACUCAUUCAUGACAGGUGCGGCUGCGGCGGCUGCGGCAGCUCCCAACAACGAUGCGGCCAUGAACGCCACGCCAGUCGGCGGCAUGCUGAGCAUCUUGGCGGCAUCGCGGCACACAGCAGCACCGGCGGAUAACAUGGCGGCAUCGGGCCGCAUGCGCCGAGCCUCCGUUACUCUGGAGCACACGGACGCGAUCCGCAAAGCCCUGGCGGACGUUCUCAAGCAGGGCAAUGGCGGUGGCGGCGGCGCCGCCGCCGCCACCGGGGUGGCCGCCGCCGCCGAUGCCUUGGGCAGUGCUGGCGCUCCCGGCCCCGCCGUAAAUAGCGGCAUGAUGAUCAGCACGUCGGGUGUGUCGCCGCAAACCUCCGUCACGGGUAGGCAGCCAGGCCCGAGCGCCAGCAGCCCCGUUGCAUCGCGCGUGUUGGGCCGGAUCUCAGACAGCGAUGCAGGUGACGUCAUUGUUGGGUCUGGCGAGUUGCCCAACCUUGCAACCGGCGGCUGCCUCGGCGCCACGACCAGCAGCGGCUACACGAAGACGGCGGCAGCGGCCGCCGCCGCCGCUGCUGCUGGCGGCGGCGCCGCCAGCGUCACGGAGAAGCGCAGCGGCUUCCUUGCACGCCUCACCGCGCGCACGGUCUCCCGCACCUCGGUGCUGCCGGACCGCUCUCCCUCGUCCACAGCCACCGGCUUUGCGCGGCCCGAGCCCGAGGGCGCCGCCGCCGGUGCCGGCGCCGACCGCAUCUCGCCGGCUGCGGCGGCCGCGGCGGCGACCGCGACGGCCCUGCUGGCGGGUGUCCGUGCCGGCAGUGCGCCCGCCAGUCCUGCCUCCCAGCGCAGCGCGAAGCGCUCGCACACGGACCUGGGCCACAUGCCCUCCCGCCUGCAGCUGGUCACCACCCCCGCCGGCGCCGCCCCACUGAGCGUGUACAGCAACUUGACCUUUGCGCCGGACGGCCCAACAGACGGCACCGAGCGGCGCAGCGGCAGCGGCAGCAGCAGCGCGCGCACGAGCCGCAUGUCGGGCAACGCGGCGUCGACGCUGCUGCGUGUGGGGGCGCCAGCGACGCCGCCAACUGGGCUGCAUCGGCUGUCAGGCUCCGGCGGCCCGGCGGCGCCGGCCUCACCCUCGGGUGCAGCCGCCGCCCCCGUCAAGCGCGGCACGACGCUCCGCAACCUCGCUUCCGCAUUCUUUGGCGGCGGCAGGCUGAGUGGCAACGGCGCCCCCAGCGAGUCCGCCGCCAGGGCGCCGCCACUGUCAGCGCCGACUGACGUGGGUGCUGGCUUUGCACCGGCGUCGCCAGGGGCAUCGGCGCGCCUGGGCCUGGUGUCGCCGCCGUCACGGACGCGGGGGGCGCUGACUCGCAGUGCGGUGUCUAUGAAGGAAGUGUUCGGCCGUAGCCGCGGCGCCAUGACACCGCCGGCGGCGUCUGAGGCGAAGUCUGGCUCGGCGUCUUACCCCUGGCAGCAGGCGCCGUCGUCACCAUCCAUGGCGACAGGGGCCGCGGCAGGGGCCGCGGGCCCGCAAAUGACGCCCGUGAGGGGCAUGCGCGUCGCCUUUGUAAGUAGCGCCGACGGCCCGGGGGCAGGAGCAGGAGUCGGGCGGGAGGGCGGCAGCGGCACGGCAGUCCCCAGGUCGCAUUCACUGCGCGGGACUGCGUCUGCGACCCGCACGUUUGGUCUGGGUCUGGAACCAGACCACACAGACCUGGAACUGGAUGUGGACAUCGGCGCCAGCGACGGUCCGGCGUCUGGUAUGGUGGCCGCCGCCGGCUCGAUCACCUCCGGCGGCAAUGGUAGCGCAGCAGCCGCGGCCGCCGCCGCCAUCGCAGGCGCGCCCAAGUGGCUGGCGGUCCGAGCGGGUGACGUCGCCGGCGGGCGUACAAACACCCUGGCGGCGGGUCAGCAGGCACGGUCGAUGCCGCAGCGCCGCGCCACCUUCCAUGCGGGCAGAACCGGCGGCGGCAGCACCGGUGGCGCCGCGGGCAGCGCCCCCGGCUCCCCUCGUGCCGCCGCCGCCAUCACCUCAACUGGCUACCCCUUGCUGCCGUCCCGCUCCGCGGCGCUGCAGCCGCCGCCGCCGGCGCUGCCGUCCGCGUCGCCCACUGCUGGCGAUGGCGGGACCGGCGGUGGCGGGACCGGCGGCGGCGGGCUGGAAGGCAAAAGCGCGAUUGGACGCAUGCUGGCGUCCGGCAGUCCGAGCGGUGUCGUCAGCCCCGGCAGCGCCACUCGCAGUGGCCUUGUGGUGAUGCCGACACGCGGCUACUCCGGCUCCGGGCUCAUCCCCAUCUCCACCGCGCCGGCGUCGCGGUCACGGUCCCCUGCUGGCGGCAGCGGCGGCGGCAGCCUAGGCGGCGCCUUGGGCUCAGCAGCGGCCUCAGCGAUGGCGACUACAAGUGCGGCAGCAGUGGCGUCGCGGGCGUCGCCCAAUGCAAGUGGAGGGCGCCAAGGGGUGGACAGGUCGGGGUCCCCUGGGCCGGCGGCAGCGGCUGCGAAGGGCGCACCUGGCAGCAGCGGGGCGCGCCGCCAGCAGGUGCUGAGUCCGUUGGGGCGCUAGGUGGCAAAGCAACCUUGCUAGCUGUUUGCUGAUGACAUCCUGCCGUAUUGCGAGAGGCGGCACGUAUUAUUUGCGAGCGUUGUGAGCCUCAAAGCCACAUGUAUGCCAUAAUACAAAUGGAUCCCGAAACGGGCUCAUACGUGUCUGAACACAGUGCGUCGCGCAAAUUUUGAACUUAAAGAAGCUCAGCCUGAUGAAGACGACUCGCAAGACGUGAAAGCCUGUCUUGACAUGAGUGUGCGCGUAUGUUUGUGCUUUUGAACAAGCUUACCUUGACGGAUGCACCGGCGGCGUGGGCUGGAUGCCUGGCGUGGGGUUGUGUGUGACGAUGCCCAACUGCUGUUGGCGUGCCGGCCGCAUCAGGGGCUGUGCCUGUGACCCUGUGUGGUGUAUUGGAAGAUUUAUGUGUUUACUUCGCAUGCAACCGCGUCUCCUUGACCAUUGGCAAGCCAUGCCAUGUAUGGGACCUGAGCGGCGGUCGUGCGCACAUGUAGUAAUGCUGCAUUUGCAUUACUCUCAGGAUGGGAGUUCAGGCCCCUCGCGCGGGGCCCAAAGGAUUUGGCGUAAUGCUACCGGCACUGUUUAUGUACCGUGUGGGAGCAACGGGUGUUUGAGCAGGUGCGAGGCUUGCAGCACCUACGGUACUCCUUUGUGCACUGAAACAGGUGCAUAGCCGCCAGUGCUGGGUAGAUUGGUAGGUAGGGAGGGGUGCACAAGCCCCAGCGAUGCCGAUGCCAAAUGCCAAAUGGAUCUGGAUGUGGCGGCCAUUGAUGUUUGGGGACACUCAGGGGCCGCAACAUGUCUCUGUAACAGCGCACCCGCAUGCUUCUUGAUUGCCUGUAACGUGGGCACGUG